AUGAAGAAUAUCAAUGAGUUAGAUGAGUUGAUGAACCAGUUGGAUAUUGAAAAUAAAAUUAAAGAGGGAGCAGAAAACCUUUUGCAGGUUUUUGAUCAAAGAACAGAGGAUAAGGAAGAUGAGAAUCAUAUAACAUUAAGAAAGAAAAUAGAAUUGGAAUUGGAUGCAGCUAAUUCAAAAAUUGCAAAACUAAAAGCUAAAGUUAAUAUUAUAAAAUCUAAAACACAAAUAGAUUCUAUAAAAUCUAAUACAAAAACAAUUAAUACAUUUUAUGAGCAAGAUACAAAAAGUUCGGCAUUACCUUAUAGCAUAUCAUCGAAAAGUGUUCAUUCUUCUAUAUCUAUUGGGGAAAAGGAUGAACAAAUAGAAACAAUUGAUCCAAUACAAAGUUUACAAAUAGCUUUUAAAAACUUAUAUGAAUCAAUCCAUGACUCGGGUCAAUAUUUAAAGCAUGCUAAUCAUCUUGUAUCACUUUUUAAAUCUCAUCCUACUUUGAAAUAUGAUUUAAAUUGGGAAGCUCUUGGUCAUCAUCUUCAAAUUAUGUUUUCUAGUUCGGAUACAAAUAAAAUUUCUAGUGGUUAUCGUAUUGCAAGAUAUAUGAUUUACGAUCUGACAUCUAUAUCAUUUGUAAAAAAAUUUCAUGUGGAACAUGCAAUCAUACGAUCGUUUGUCAAGGAUAACUCUACAUCCAAAGAGCGAGAGCAAGCCCUAAAGUUAAUCAGGACGUUUUAUGGAAUCAAAGAUGGUAUUUCUGAAAUAUCUAAAAGUGUGGUUAGUGCUAUUGUAUCCCUAGCUGAAUACACAAAAGACAAAAUGUCGUUGAUAUCCAUUGAAACAUUAGCAGAAAUGCUUAUAUUGGAUCCAGCACUUAUUGUUAGUGCUGGUGGUAAUAAAGUCUUACUUCAAACAUUGAGUGAUGGUCCAUUCGAAAUUGCAAAUGAAGUUGCUAAAUUAUUUAUAUAUCUUCUAGAUACACCUGCUACAAGAAAAUUCAUUCGACCAAAAAGUGAUCUUCAGCUUAUUCUUUCUAAUGUCACUAAUUUUCGUCCUAUAAUGGAAGAAUAUAGACUAAAAUAUUGCGGAGAUGGAAUAGUAAGCAUUAUGAAAUCUUGGUCAGGCCUGAUUUAUAUGAGUAUGUAUGAUAUGCAAGCAAUUCGCUCUUUAAUUGAUGUGUUACGUAUAUCAUCAUCUAGAAGUCAGGACAUAAUUCUUGAUAUUUUGUAUAAUCUUUUUGGAAUAAAAUCAUCAUCUAUAACAUCAACAUUUUUGGCUGGUAGAAGACUUACAACAUGGGGUAGACCGUCGCCUUCUCAGCAAGAACCACAUAAUGAAGGCAUGUUUGCGAAUACAUUUACUGAAUUUGGAAGAAACGAUUUGUCACAGCAAUUUUUAGCACUAAUUAUCAUGAUAUUUAUGGAUAUUGGAAUAUUAGAUACUUUGAUGGCUGUUGCUGAGGACUCUAAAGAUAAAAUGAUCUUUCGGAAAACAACAUUAUUGAUUGUAGAACUUCUUCAUCUAUCGAAUAGAAUUUUACCGCUGCAAUAUGGUGUUAAACUUCAAUCUCUUCCAAAGUUGUUUAUGUCAGCAUUAGAAUUUAGUAGUGAAGAGCAUUUUAUAGCAACGUCUGCUAUUCUUCAGAUUGAAUCUUUGAAUAGAAUAAAAAUGAAAACCAAUUUUGUCCAGCAAAAAGAACGUAGUACAUCUUCAGAGAAUCCUUUAAAAAGAGGGCAAAGACAACUCGAACAAGUAAAAAUUAAGUUAGGUUUACAAAUUGACGAUAUUCGUUUUCGAACUCUUCUCUUAGAUACUCAGGUUUUAAAUACAAAAAACUAUAAAAAAUGGAGAUGGGAUAUAGUUAUUGAGCUUUUGCAUGGUCCUUUAUUAAAUCCAAAAAGAUUAGAGGAAUCUAUUCGGUCUACAAAAUUUAUAAAACGUUUAUUAUCUUUUUAUCUUCCAUUUAAUUAUAAAUUUUCCAAUAUUAAACAGACAAAACCUAAUCAACGUUAUAUUAAAAUUGGUCGAAUGAUUUUUACUACGUUGCUUGCCAAUCCGGAAGGUAUACGUUAUUUGUCAGAUAGUAAAUUGUUAAGACAAAUAUCGGAAUGUCUUGCUCAACUUGAUCCGUUAAGUGGUGUUUCUUGUCCAUCGCCUUUAUUUUCUAAGCAACGCUUAGAGGAGACAUUAAGUUCAGGAUAUUUUGUCUUUCUUGGAACUUUAUCGGAGAACAAGGAUGGGAUUGCAAUGAUGGAGAAAUGGAAAAUAUUUAACAUGUUUUAUCAUCUUACAGAACUUCGUAGUCGGGAUGACUUAAUUUUAAAUUUUAUAAUAAAUAUGAAUUAUAUAUUUUACGGGCAUCCUCGGAUAAUUCUUUCAAAAGCCCUUACUACUGGGCUAAAGGAUGUGCGACUUUUCGUUACAAAACAUCUAGGAACACUUUUAUCUUCAAAUAAAAAGUUUACUAAAAACACUAAAAGUAUAGAAUGGGCUAUUUCUUUACUUGUUACUCAAUUAUAUGAUCCUUGUAUCGAAGUAUGUCAAAUGGCAGUCGAAGUUUUAGAAAAAGCUUGCUACGAUUUUGAAAAUCUUCAAUAUACAGUGAAAUUACGUCCAGCAUUAGAACAUCUUGGUAGUAUCGGGGCGCCAUUGCGUUUAAGGUUCUUAGCAUCAUCUACAGGGUUUAAUUAUCUUAAAGAAUUUGAUUAUAUCGAGAAGGAAAUGGAUAAUUGGUUUCAUGAACAAAACGAAAUUUAUGUAAAUUAUAUAGAAAAUUAUCUUUCAUUAGCAUUUUCAUUUACAAAAAAAAAUGAAUUCGAUGGAUUAAUUCCACCUCAUUUUUAUGGAGAAAUCAUUAAAACAUCUGAAGGAUGUCAACUUUUAAAGAAUAAAGGACAUUUUGAAUAUUUUGUUUCUAAUAUUUUUAAACAUAAAGAUGAAUAUGAAGAUAAAAAUAUUAUUCUUCAUUUAAAAAGUUCUCUUUGGGCUGUUGGGAAUAUUGGCUCUCAUAAUAAUGGUUUUCCAUUUCUUGAGAAUAGUGGUGUAAUUUCUGAGAUCAUACAUAUAGCUGAAAAAUCACAAGUAAUAAGCCUUAGAGGAACUGCGUUUUUUGUAUUAGGAUUAAUCUCUAUAACGAUGUCAGUUUCUCAAAUAUUAAAGCAACAUGGAUGGAUAUCUGUUUUUACUAGUUUUGGUAUUCCUAUUGGUAUUUGUGUCCCUAAGGAUAUAAAGAAAAUAUUAUUUUUGGAACCAUGGAAUUAUUAUUCAUGUUUAUCAGAUUUGGAAGAAAAUAUUAAGUUAGUGUCCAAAAAUAUUAUUCAAGACGAAAUUUUAAAGAUUAUAACCGAUUUAUCUAGUAAUAUUUUUGUAACUAAAGCAUUAAAAUCUCUCUCAAGAAUAAAAUCGAAAUAUCCAGAAGAAUUCAAAUCAUUAGAUCUUUAUAAGUCAGUUCUUAAAAUUUUAACAAGUUAUCGUUAUCAACAGCCAAUUCGAAAGUUUAUUUUAGAGAUGUUUCCAAGUGACAUAUUUUACCAAAAUUCUGAACUAUUUGACUAUAAUAAAAGUGUAUGGUAA